AUGAAUUCUAUUAUACUAGAAAAACCACAUCCAUCUACUUCAAAUGAAUCAAAUAAAUUAAUUCAUAUAUGUACUCAAUGUGCGCGUACAUUUAAAGAUAUAAAUAAUUUUCGUGAACAUUUAUUUCAAGAACAUGGUGAAUUGGGUGUUAAUGUUCGUCAAUGUCAUCUAUGCUCGUAUGCAACUUUAUUAAAAUCUAAAUAUGAUUGUCAUAUAAGAUGUCAUUUAAAUAAUCGAGUUAUUCGUUGUCAAAAAUGCAAUUAUUCAACAAUUAAUAUUAGACAUAUGUCGAAACAUGAACGACAACAUAGUAUAUCUCGUAUGAUGGAUACAGAUAUAUCUGAAACAAAACGUGCUCGAAUUAGUAAUAUAUCUAUGGAUACUGAUAAAGAUGAAAAAAUGAAAUCAAAUAAUGAAAAACCUAGUUUUUCAACUUGUUUUUUAACUGAUAAAAUUUUAAUGCCGGAUGAUAAAAAAUCUCUUGAUAAAUCAGAAAAUUCUCGUUCAAAUAGUUGUUGUUCAACAGAUGAUUCAUAUCGUACUCCAUGUUCACAUCAAAAUAGUCUUGUUUCUUUACGUACAAAUGUUUGGACAUUACUUCGAAUGUUACUUCCUCAAUUAUCACUUUAUCAUCCAUCAACAUUUUUAAUUGAUUAUGAAUCCGAUCAUUCUAUUGAUCGUCUUGUUACUAAUCUCAUACAAAUACCAUCAAUUCAUAGAUCAUAUCCAUCUAUGUAA